AUGUUUCAAGUUCAUAAGCGAAGUAAACAUCUUCCUACAUUAAAAAAAAUAUUUAUAGGAGGAAUUGCUGCCUUAAUAUCAAAAGUUUUUGGAAAAUGUAUAUCUCUCUCAGGAUCUAAAAGCUGUCCUUCCUUUAAUACAUCAUCAAUAUCUACUAUUGCAAAUAAUACAUUAUAUAGUCCAUUUCUUUCACUUGUUAGCAAUGUUAAUGAAUUUGAUGAACAAUUAGAAUCUUAUAUAGCUAAUCAUUAUACAAAAGAUAAAUAUGGAAACUUUUAUGGUUGUUCAAUGGAAGAUAUUUCAGAUACGCAUAAAUUUUAUGCAAGAUUCACAAAAACAAUAUUAUGUGCAUCUGUAAUUCAAGAGUCAAUUGUAGCAUGUAAUCUAACUGCUGCAAAUAGUCGUCCAGUUUGUGCAGAUACUUGUGCAGAAUGGACUAGUAGUGAAGCAUCUAUUUUGCAACAUUAUUGUACAAAUAGAACUCUUGAAAACGAUCUAUCAUUAAUACGAUUUGAUUUUUCAGUAUGCACAAGUCCAAGUGCAUCUUUUUCUUUAGAAUGUAUUAAAGGAAAAUCUAACGAACCUCAAAGUUGUGGAUUUGGAACUAACAUAUUAGAACUUUGUCAAUAUUGUAACUCAUCCUUCUCAAAUUCUAUAGACACAUGCUGUGCAUUAUCUAAUUUAUCACAUUGCGCUUCUCUUAACUACUCUAUUUCAGUACCUUCAUUAACCGAUUUAAUUCCUACUUUUACAACAUCUACAACAUCAAAUACUAUUAGCUCAAGCUCUUUACCUACAAUUCCUAUAAAUAAACAAGAAAAAAACAAUGCUGCAAAAUUAUCACAGAAAACUAUAUCAUUCAUAAUUAUCUUAUCAAUAGUAAUCAUAAUAAUAAUUCUUUCAUUAUUAAUUUUACUUAUUAUUUUAUCUUUCAACAAAAGAAGAAAAAUCAGAAAUACUAUGUCUAAGCUAAAUGCAAAACAACCUUUUAUUGAAGAGGAUCCAUAUAAAAGAAAUUAUUUAUCGCUUUUUAGAACAGAAAAUAACUCUAAUACAUUGAAUCAUAGUACUAUACCUAUACAAAGGAACUAUGAUUAUUUUAAUAGGGCUAUCAUCACGAGUACAUCUGAAAAAGAGCUUCCUUCAAUAAAUAAUCAAAACAAACAAUUCAAGAGUUAUAAAAAUUCUUAUAAUAUCGCUAAUUCAAAUAAAAAUCAGAAGCUUUAUCAAAAUACAACACCAUCUUUAAAAUUUGAUUCAUAUAAAUCGUUAAAUCAUAAUACAUCACAAAUAACUGAAAAUAACUCUGAAAGUAUAAACACCAUUACAUUGAAAAAUUCUAAAUCACGUCCCACAUCUUCUAUUGAGCAAGAUCGUGUAGCAAUCUUGCCAAUUGUAAUGUCUAUGAAAGAUUAUUAUUCUGAUCAUCAAAUAACACGCAAUACAGAAGUUGUCGCUCUUUAUAUAUAUGAACCAAAAAUGCCAGAUGAAAUGAUUUUAGAAAGAGGAGAUAUUAUUCAUGUAGUAUCUGUCUGGGAUGAUGGUUGGUGUUCAGGAAUAAAAAUAGGGAAACUAGACAAUUUUAACACAAAAAAUGCCUUUAAAAACAAUAUAAAAUGCUUACAAAGUACUAGUAAAAAUAUUUCUAAACUAGAAACUGAAAUUCAAAUAGAUGAACUAACUAUAAAAGCAUUUCCAUUAGUUUGCGUUUGUCACAAAGAUUCAUGGAAAGAUGUUAUUGAAUCAGAUAUAUCACCAUCCUCAACAUUAAAAAGUGCGCCGCCAAAUAUUAACCGUCAAAUAUUUAAUAACUUUGAAAAUAACAUUUCUUCACAGUUCAAUGAAAAAAACAUAAAUUUUGAAAAUGCGGGACAUGAUAUUAAAAUUGCUAAAGAACCUCGAAGAAAAUCUUUUCCUGAAAUAUGGCCAAUAAAUAGAUUGAUAAAUUCCAAAUUUAAGGAGCAAUUCGAAAUAAUUCCAUCUUAA